AUGGACAAAAGUAUAAAGAAGAAGAAUAGUACAAAUGGGAAAUACAAAAAGAAUUGCAAAACGGACGCCUACGACGAAGAGGUUACAUGUUGCUUCUGCGUCAAAACCAAGAAGGGCAAGAAGAAGAGCUUGAUAACAGGAUGCAUCACAAAUUUGGGAAUAUUCACGAUACUAUUAAUUUACACAUUGUUGGGUGCCUUCAUUUUCCUUGCUAUCGAAGGCAGCGCCGCAAAAGUUCACCAGAAGACUUUAGCGGCCACUUCAUAUCAGGGAAAUGAGAACCAGAAAACCAUUCCGCUAUCUAAGGUCAACAGUAGCAUUGCUCAUGCGAGCGCAGAGUUGAGGACUCAGACAGUCGAGAGUAUAUGGGAAAUAACGGUUUCCUUAAAUAUUCUGUAUAAAGAAAACUGGACAAGGUUAGCUGCUCAAGAAAUUGCGAGAUUCCAAGAGAAACUGGUGGCAAGAGUUGCUGCAGAUGUUACUGAGCAAUACGGGGGAGUCAGGGCCCUAGAAUCAGCACCUGCUUUAAUAACAGAUGAUUACGAAUGGAACUUUGCAAAAGCGUUUUUAUAUUCUCUUACAGUACUUACGACGAUAGGUUACGGCAGCGUUGCACCAAGAACUGCGCUAGGAAAAGCAGUGACUAUUGCAUAUGCUGUUAUUGGCACUGUAUGGUUUUGUUCGAUCUACAUCAUGACCGGCCUAGCUUUGACGGCCAUGUGCUUUAACGUUCUCCACGACGAGAUCGUUCACCGUUUGAGGCACAACGAAAAGUUGUUAAAAUUGCGGGACAACCGCAACAAGUACACCUUGCCGAAAAACGAGGAAGUACAUAAAUGGCAUGAGGAGUGC